AUGUAUGAUGAUGAUGAUGAUGAUGAUGAUGAUGAUGAUGAUAUUGUUGUGGAUGGGUUGGACCCUGUUAACUUACUUGUCCUCCGUAUGUCCUUUGCUGGAUGUGAUUAUGACGAAUUUCGCUGUGCAAAUGGAUUUUGUAUUAAUAAAUCCUGGAGGUGUGAUGGGACCAAAGACUGUUUGGAUGACUCGGAUGAAAUUGGCUGCUAUGCUUCUUGCGAGUGGCACCAGUGGCGGUGUCAGAGUGAGAUGCUCUGCAUCCCUGACCACUGGAAGUGUGAUGGAGACCCAGAUUGCAUGGAUGGUUCAGAUGAGCUGAAUUGCCCUGGCCCCUCAUGUAGAAGCCGUCAGUACACAUGCUCCAGUGGAGAAUGUAUCCCACUUGUGUAUAGGUGUGACCACGUCCAAGACUGCGCUGAUGGAAGUGACGAGAAGGACUGCCAUUACCCGACUUGUGAACAGCUUACUUGCGACAAUGGUGCCUGCUAUAAUACCAAUCAGAAAUGUGAUGGAUACAAUGAUUGCAGGGAUUUAUCUGAUGAACACAACUGUACUAAGCAGUGCUUGCCUGACGAGUUUCUUUGUGACACGGAGUACUGCUUGUCUCGUGACUUUGUCUGUGACCAUGAGCCUGAUUGUGCGGAUGGCACUGAUGAACUCUCAUGCAACUAUCCUCCCUGCAAAGGCAAUGAAUUCACUUGCAGAAGUGGUGUCUGCAUUAAUCAACACUGGGUGUGUGAUGGUCGCCCCGACUGUCCAAAUGCUGCAGAUGAACAUGGAUGUGAAAGCACUACUCAUUUUGCUUAUGAGUGUUUUUGGGAUGAAUGGACUUGUCCAGAAUCUGGAAAAUGCAUUCCACGUAUAAAAGUUUGUGAUGGAGUUAUGGAUUGUCCAGGAGGAGAAGAUGAGACAAAUACCACUGCUCGAACACAUUGUGAUACUCUCUCCUGUGAUAACAUUUUUUGUGAAUUCUACUGCCGCGCUUCCCCAGAUGGAGGAAUGUGCUUCUGUCUUCCAGGUUUUAUGAGUGACCCCAAUGAACCUGGUCAUUGUAUUGAUUUCAAUGAGUGUGAGGUGUGGGGAGUUUGUGACCAGAUAUGUGAAAACCAAGUUGGUCAUCAUCGGUGCGACUGCGGAGAAGGGUAUAUCUUGGAGCAUGGUCGUCAUUGCAAAGCCAAUACUUCUUCCGGUGAACCGUCCCUCAUCUUCUCCAAUGGUCAGGAUUUGCUAAUUGGUGAUAUUCAUGGGAGGAACACGGAUUUUCUGAUGCGCUCAAAUCAUGGGGUAGCCGUGGGUGUGGAUUUUCACUAUCGCUUGCACAGAGUCUUUUGGUCGGACACCGUGCAAAAUAAGGUUUUUUCAAUGAACAUCGAUGGCUCAGAUAUCCGAGAAAUUCUCAAUAUUUCUAUAGAUGAUCCAGAGAAUAUAGCUGUGGAUUGGAUUAACAAUAAACUUUAUGUGGUGGAAACCAGGGUUGGCCGUAUUGAUAUGAUAAAUUUGGAUGGCAGCUUCCGUGUUAUCCUUAUAACUGAAAACUUGGGCCAUCCUAGAGGAAUCGCUGUGGACCCAACUAUAGGGUAUAUGUUUUUCUCAGAUUGGGAGAACCUUUCAGGGGAGCCUAAAAUAGAAAGGGCUUUCAUGGAUGGCACCAACCGGAAAGACCUGGUGAAAACGAAGUUGGGGUGGCCUGCUGGAAUAACUCUGGAUCUAGAAGCCCAGCGUCUUUACUGGGUUGAUUGCCGGUUUGAUUACAUUGACUCUGUCACUUAUGAUGGUAUCAAAAGGAAGACGGUGGUUCAUGGACGUUCACUGAUUCCUCAUCCCUUUGGAAUAACCUUGUUUGAAAAUCAAGUCUUCUAUACUGAUUGGACUAAAUUGGCUAUAAUGAAGGCAAACAAAUUUGCUGAUACCAACCCGAAAACAUACUACAAUACUACCCUGAGACCACUUGGACUCACUGUUUACCAUUCCGCCAGGCAGCCUCAUGCUCCCAAUCCCUGUGACAACCACAAUGGGGGCUGUGAGCAGAUCUGUGUGCUCAGCCACAGAACAGAUAAUGAUGGUCUCGGUUACCGCUGCAAAUGCACUCUGGGCUAUGACCUUGAUGCUGAUGGCCGCCACUGUGUAGCUGUCCAGAAUUUCCUGAUAUUUUCAUCUGAAGCAGCUGUUCGGGGGAUCCCCUUCAACCUCUCUACCCAGGAAGAUGUCAUGGCUCCAGUGACGGGAGAACCUUCUUUUUUUGUUGGGAUUGAUUAUGAUGCCCAGGAGAAAUCUAUCUUUUACUCGGAUGUAUCAAAAGACAUGAUUUUUAAACAGAAGAUUGAUGGUACAGGAAUAGAAAUUCUCACAGCUAACCAGGUGGACAGUGUUGAAAGUUUGUCUUUUGAUUGGAUUUCUAAGAAUCUGUAUUGGACAGAUGCUACUUAUAAGAGUAUCAGUGUCAUGAGAAUCGCAGAUAAAUCCAAACGCCAAAUAAUCCGUGAUUUAAAUAACCCAAGAUCAAUUGUAGUUCAUCCUUUUGCUGGGUACUUAUUUUUCACUGAUUGGUUUCGUCCUGCUAAAAUUAUGAGAGCUUGGGGUGAUGGAUCUCACCUAUUGCCUAUAGUAAACACCACCCUUGGAUGGCCCAAUGGCUUGGCAAUUGACUGGGAUGCUUUACGAUUGUACUGGGUGGAUGCUUUAUUUGAUAAAAUUGAGCAUAGCACUUUUGAUGGUUUGGAUAGAAGAACCCUGACCAAUAUACAUCAGAUGACACAUCCAUUUGGCCUUACUGUCUUUAAAGACUAUGUAUUUUUCACUGACUGGAGACUGGGUUCUAUUAUUCGAGUUAGAAAAACCAAUGGUGGAGAUUUGACAGUUAUCCGAAGUGGCAUUAAAAAUAUAAUGCAUGUGAAAUCAUUUGAAGCCAGUACCCAAACUGGUUCCAACUACUGUAAUCGACCCACCAAUCCAAAUGGCGACUGCAGUCAUUUCUGCUUCCCUGUCCCAAACUUUCAGCGGGUAUGUGGUUGUCCCUAUGGCAUGAAGCUGACUGCCAAUCGCUUGUCAUGCGUUGAAGACCAUACCAAUGAGCCACCCAUCGAGAUUUGUGGGUCCUCAUCUUUCCAGUGUAAUAACAGCAAAUGUGUUCCCAGUCACUACCGCUGUGACGGAGUCAAUGACUGUCAUGAUAACAGUGAUGAAUAUCAAUGUGGAACAAUUAACAAUACAUGUUCAUCGACAGCCUUCACCUGUGUGCACGGAGGACAGUGCAUCCCCUCUCAGUGGCGCUGUGACAACCACCGUGACUGCUUGGAUGGCAGUGAUGAGGAAGGUUGCAGCACUAAUGCAACCGUCCCCUGCCCUGAAAACUACUUCUCAUGCGACAAUAACCGGUGCAUCCCACGGCAUUGGCUCUGUGACACAGACAAUGAUUGUCAUGAUGGAUCUGAUGAAAAGAACUGUGAACCGACAAGUACAUGCCAGGCCAAUCAGUUUACGUGCCCCGACCAUCGAUGUAUUGCCAUGUCUUAUGUCUGUGAUGGGGACAAAGACUGUGCUGAUGGAUCUGACGAGCAUGGUUGUGUAUUUAAUUGCACUGCCUUUCAAAUCAAAUGUGCCUCGGAGGAUCGCUGCAUUAGCUCUAUAUAUCGCUGUGAUGGCGUUUCUGACUGCAGGGACCACUCUGACGAGCUAGGCUGUCCAACCCGGCCUCCUGGUAUGUGUCACCCAGAUGAGUUUCAGUGCCAAGCAGAUGGCAUCUGCAUUCCUGGAGCUUGGGAAUGUGAUGGGCACCCGGACUGCAUCACUGGAUCUGAUGAGCACCAUGGCUGUGUUCCUAAAACCUGCCCAGCAACUCAUUUUCUCUGUGAUAAUGGACACUGCAUCAUGAAAGAAUGGAUCUGUGAUGGGGACAAUGACUGCUGGGAUAUGAGUGAUGAGAAGGACUGUCCUACUCAGGCUUUCCAAUGUCCCUCUUGGCAGUGGCUCUGCCUCGACUCUCACAUCUGUGUCAAUCUGAGUGCAUUGUGCAAUGGCGUCUCUGACUGCCCCAACGGGACAGAUGAGUCCCCACUUUGCAAUCAGCACAGCUGCUCAAAUUUCAAUGGUGGUUGCACUCACGGGUGUAUUCAAGGACCCUUUGGGGCUCAGUGCACAUGUCCAACAGGGUAUCUACUUGCCAGUGAUUUGAAGACCUGUGAAGACAUAGAUGAAUGUAGUAAUCUAGGCUUUUGUAGUCAGCACUGCUCCAAUACGAGAGGUUCUUUCCGGUGCUGGUGUGAUCAAGAAUACAUACUCGACACAGAUGGGAGAACUUGCAAAGCUACAGCAUCUUCAGGUCUGCUAUUGCUUGUUUCAAGUGAGAACCAAAUUAUUGCUGACAAUAUCACCUCCGGAGUCCAUAAUAUUUACACAGUUAUUGAGGAAGGUUCUCACAUUGUAGCCAUUGAUUUUGAUUUAGUCAAUCAGCGUCUAUUUUGGGCUGAUGGAACUCAGGGCAAAAUCUGGAGUUCAUUUCUGAAUGGAACAGACCAGAAAAAAAUAAUUGACAGUGGUGCCAUCAUGACUGAAACUAUUGCUGUAGAUUGGAUCGGUGGUAAUCUUUACUGGACAGAGUAUUCUCUGGAAGUAAUUGAAGUCUCUGAUCUGCUCGGAAAUCACAGGACUGUACUAAUUGGUAACAACAUAACAUAUCCACGGGGACUAGCUUUAGAUCCCAGAAACGAUGACCGUGUGAUGUUUUGGUGUGACUGGGGCCAUCGCCCUCGUAUUGAGAGAGCCAGUAUGGAUGGCAGUUUGCGCACUGUCAUUGUCCAGGACAAGGUUUCUUGGCCCAAUGGCUUGACUAUAGACUACCCCAACAGACUUCUCUACUUCAUGGAUGGCUAUCUUGAUUAUGUAGAAUUUUGUGAUUAUAAUGGAAACCAUCAUAGACAGGUCAUAGCCAACAGUUUGAUUAUUCAGCGUCCCUAUGACCUCACCCUGUUUGAAGAUGUUGUGUAUUGGACUGACCAGAGUACAGAGAGGGUCAUGCAAGCCAACAAGUGGCAUGGGGGGAACCAUUCUGCUACAAUGAAUGAUCUCUACGAGCCCUUUAGCAUUGUUGCAGUUCAUCCUACACGGCAACCAACUGCCACAAACCCUUGUGCCUCAGCCUCCUGCAGCCAUCUAUGUUUGCUUUCCUCCCACCCGAUGAAACAGUACUCCUGUUUUUGUCCUUCAGGAUGGAGUUUGUCUCACGAUUCCGUGACUUGCGUGACAGACGAUCAACCUUUCUUAAUAGUUGUAAGAUACAGUAUGAUUUAUGGAAUUUCUCUUAAUCCUGAGAUUAAGAGCAAUGAUGCUAUGAUCCCCAUAUCAUCACUGAGGAAUGGCUAUGAUGUUGAAUUUGACGACUCAGAACAAUACAUCUACUGGGUUGAGAGUACAGGUGAAAUUCAAAGAGUAAAGACAGACGGCACCAACAGGACUGUAAUUGCUUCUCUAUCUAGUUCAGGGCUUUCAAUAAGUCUGGCCUUUGACUGGAUAUCAAGAAACAUGUAUUUCACCAAUCCUGAGACUCAGUCUAUUGAGGUUUUGACACUCCAUGGAGAAACCAGCUACAGAAAAACUCUGCUUACCAAUGAUGGGACAACUCUUGGAGUUGGUCUUCCUGUUGGCAUUGCUGUUGAUCCUGCUAAAGGGAAAAUGUACUGGUCAGACCAAGGAACAGACAGUGGUAUUCCUGCUAAGAUUGCGAGUGCUAACAUGGAUGGCACAGCUUCUCAAAUACUCUUCUCUGGGGACCUCGAACAUUUGGAGUGUGUGACCCUUGACAUCGAAGAGCAGAAACUCUAUUGGGCAGUCACUAGCAGGGGCGUGAUUGAAAGAGGAAAUGUGGAUGGUACAAGCCGAAUGAUCCUGGUAAACCAUCUUUCUCACCCCUGGGGGAUUGCUGUCUAUGGAUCCUUCCUUUAUUAUACUGAUAGUGUCUAUGAGACUAUUGAAAGAGCUGACAAGGCCACUGGAUACGGCCAAAAAAUCAUGAGAAAUAACGUUCUAAAUCUGAAAGGACUUCGGGUUUAUCACAAACGAAACUCUCAAGGAUCCUCCAACGGCUGUAGUAACAAUCGGAAUGCCUGUGAACAGAUCUGCUUGCCUAUCCCAGGAGGACUGUUCUCCUGUGCUUGUGGCUCUGGAUUUAAACUCAAUUCUGAUAAUCGGACCUGCUCUCCAUAUACUUCCUUUAUUGUUGUUUCCAUGCUGUCUGCAAUCAGAGGCUUUAGCUUGGAAUCAAAUUCCGAUCAUUCAGAAGCGAUGGUGCCAGUGACGGGCCCAGGACGAAACGCACUGCAUGUGGAUGUUGAUGUACCUUCUGGCUUCAUUUAUUGGGGUGAUUUUAGCAACUCUGUGCCAUCAAAUAAUGGAAUCCGUAGAAUCAAGCCAGAUGGGUCUGGUUUUACAAACAUCAUUACUGAUGGGAUAGGAGAGAAUGGAAUACGGGGACUUGCCGUGGAUUGGGUAGCAGGAAAUCUUUAUUUUACCAACGCCUUUUUAUCUGACACAUUGAUAGAAGUUCUGAGGAUCAAUACUACAUACCGUCGUGUUCUCCUUAAAACCACAGUGGAUAGGCCCAGAGCAAUUAUUGUAGAUCCCAAGAACAGAUACCUCUUUUGGGCGGACUAUGGACAAAACCCAAAGAUUGAACGUUCUUUCCUUGAUUGUACGAAUCGGACUGUACUUAUAUCAGAGGGCAUUGUUACUCCUCGGGGCUUGGCUUUGGACCUUUUCAGUGAUUUUGUUUAUUGGGUUGAUGAUUCUUUAGAUAUGAUUGUAAGGAUUAAAAUUGACGGACAGAGACCUCAGGUGCUUUAUUAUGGCAGUCAGUACCCAACUCCAUUUGGCAUCACUGUUUUUGACCGUACUAUAAUAUGGGUCGACAGGAACUUAAAACAAAUCCUUCAAGCUAACAAAAGUCCAGUAAACCCAGGGAGAACACAAGUGAUAAGGAACAAUAUCAAUUGGCUUAGAGAUGUGACUGUCUUUGACCCGACUGUCCAGCCCCGCUCUCCAGAAGAGGUCAACCACAACCCUUGUUUGCAGAAUAAUGGUGGAUGCUCUCAUCUUUGUUUUGCCCUGCCUGGAUUGGAAACUCCAGAAUGUGGCUGUGCUUUUGGUACAUUGCAAGCUGAUGGCAAGAACUGUGGCAUUCCAACAGACGACUUUUUAAUUUUUGCUUUGGAAGAUUCCUUGAGAAGCUUACACCUGGACCCACAAGACUAUAGCCAACCUUUCCAUCCAAUAAGUGUGGAUAGACAUAUUCUGGCUCUGGACUAUGACAACAUAAAUAAGAGAAUCUACUUUACGCAGUCUUUACCAUCUGGACGUGGCCAGGUUGCGUAUAUCAGCUUGAAUCACAGGGUCAAUUCUCCUACUGUCAUUGUUUCAGAUAUAGGAACUUCUACUGGCAUUGCCUUUGACUGGUUCAAUAGUAGAAUUUAUUACAGUGACUUCACCAACGGGACAAUUAGUUCCAUGGCCCUGGAUGGGUCUAUGCGGCUCCAUUUAGCCUAUGUUUCCCGUCCAACUGCAAUUGCGUUAGAUCUUUGCCGAGGGUACAUGUACUGGACAGACUGGAGUGCUAAUGCCCAAAUUGAGAAAGCCACAUUGGGAGGAAACUUCCGGGAGUCAAUUGUGAAUAGCAGCCUUGUCUGGCCCACUGCACUUACUCUGGACCUUGAGGACAACCUUCUCUUCUGGGCAGAUGGUAGUCUGCAUAGGAUAGAACGCAUUACACCAACAGGCACAGAGCGGGAGAUUGUCAUCGGCACCGUCUCUCAGCCUUCUGGGUUGACUGUCUACGAGCAGUACAUCUAUUGGACUGAUGGGCUUGUACAAAGAAUUUACAGAGCUAACAAGUUUGAUGGGUCAGGUGUGACUGCAGUUACCCCAACUUUUAGCUCCAAACUUACGGACAUCAGUAUCGUGGCGGAGGACUUGGAACACCAUUGUGACAAUCCUUGCAAUGUGUUUAAUGGGGGCUGCAGCCAUAUCUGUGCAAAAGGUCCCCAUGGUGCUGAGUGCCGGUGUCCACAAGAGGGCCAUUGGUAUCUAGCCAACAACAAUAAGCACUGCAUCCCAGAUAAUGGCACACGGUGUGAUGCAUCCAAGUUCACUUGCUUCAAUGGGCACUGCCUUUCAAGCCGGUGGAUAUGUGACAAUGACAAUGACUGUGGUGAUGGCAGUGAUGAGCUGGAAAUUGUCUGUGCAAUGCACACCUGCGCUCCCACAGACUUUACCUGCGCCAAUGGGCGGUGCAUCCAGUAUCGGUUUCGCUGCGAUCACUAUAAUGACUGUAUUGAUAACAGCGAUGAGGAAGGAUGCCAGUUCCCUGGCUGCAAUGCAACCUCAGAAUUUACUUGCCAUAAUGGAAAGUGCAUUCCACUUGAGUUUGUCUGCAAUGGCAUUAACAACUGCCAUGACAAUGAGACUUCUGAUGAGAAAAACUGCCCUGAACAUUCUUGCCAGCCUGGAUAUUCGAAGUGCGAGACUACAAAUUUUUGCGUUCCUCGUCUUUACUUGUGUGAUGGAGAUGAUGACUGUGAAGAUGGGAGUGAUGAAAGCCCCAUUUUCUGUGCCACUCAGACAUGCCACAGCAAUGAGUUCCGCUGCACGGAUGGGCGCUGUAUUCCUGAACAUUGGCACUGUGAUAGGGCAAGAGACUGUACUGAUGGCUCAGAUGAACCAAGCACAUGUGAGUACCAUGAGCCAACAUGCUCAAGUUCUGAAUUCAGGUGUGACAAUGGGAGGUGCAUUCAAAAUAACUGGAUCUGUGAUGGUGAUAAUGACUGUGGGGACAUGAGUGAUGAAGAUCAAAGACACAACUGUGGGGCUUCCACUUGUCCAAGUUCUUCAUUCAUCUGUGCAAAUAGUGUGCCUCCAAACCUAAGAUGUAUCCCACAGUCUUGGGUCUGUGAUGGCGAUUCCGAUUGCUCUGAUGGUUCUGAUGAACUGCAGAACUGUACCAGAAGAUCUUGUAAUGAAAAUGAUUUCACUUGUAACAAUGGACUAUGCAUCCCACAGUCAUUCAGGUGUGACCGGCAUAAUGACUGUGGUGACUACAGUGAUGAGAGGGAUUGCUCAUACCCAACUUGUGGGCAACAUCGGUUCACUUGUCAGAAUGGGCGCUGCGUUUCUAAGCUCUUUGUUUGUGAUUUGGAUAAUGAUUGUGGAGAUAAUUCUGAUGAGCUUCCGGACCUGUGUCAAGUCCACAAAGCCACUUGCCCUCCACACCAGUUCCAGUGUGACAAUGGGAACUGCAUCGAGAUGGUGAAGGUUUGCAACCACCAAGAUGAUUGCUCAGACAACAGUGAUGAGAAAGGAUGUGGCAUGAACGAGUGCAAUGACCCAUUAAUCAGUGGUUGUGACCAGAUCUGCACAGACACCCUCACUAGCUUCUAUUGUUCUUGUCAUCCUGGUUACAAGCUUCUGUCUGAUAAUCGGAGCUGCGCUGAUAUUGAUGAAUGCAAGGAGACGCCCUUUGUCUGUUCCCAGAUCUGCGAGAACACAAUAGGCUCUUACGUCUGUAAAUGUGCCCCGGGCUAUAUCCGAGAACCUGAUGGGAGAACCUGCCGGCAGAUCAGUCAAAUUGAGCCCUAUCUCAUAUUUGGCAAUCGUUACUAUUUGAGAAAUCUCACUCUAGAUGGCCAGUACUAUUCCCUUAUUUUGCAAGGACUGGGCAAUGUGGUGGCUGUAGAUUUUGACCGAGUUGAAAAGAGAAUGUACUGGAUUGAUGCUGAGAAAAGAGUCAUUGAGAGAAUGUUUCUGAAUAAGACAGACAGGGAGACGGUCAUAAGCAAUAAUCUGCCUUCUGCAGAAAGUCUGGCAGUGGACUGGGUUGCCAGAAAUCUCUAUUGGGUGGAUUCCGUCCUCGACUGCCUCUCAGUCUCUGACCUCAGAGGUCGAUAUCGCCGCAAGCUGGCUGAGCACUGUGUGGAUGCCAACAACACCUUUUGCUUUGAUAAACCUAGAGGAAUUGCCCUUCACCCUAAAUAUGGAUUUGUCUACUGGGCAGACUGGGCUCAUCGCGCAUACAUUGGGAGAGUAGGCAUGGAUGGAACCAACAAGUCUGUGAUAAUUUCUACCAAAUUAGAGUGGCCAAAUGGCAUCACCAUUGAUUAUACCACUGACCUGCUCUAUUGGGCUGAUGCUCAUCUAGGUUACAUUGAGUACUCAGAUUUGGAAGGCCAACAUCGGCACACAGUCUAUAACGGGAUCCUGCCUCACCCAUUUGCUAUUACCAUUUUUGAAGACACUAUUUACUGGACAGAUUGGAAUACAAGGACAAUUGAAAAAGGAAACAAAUUUAAUGGGUCACAUAGAACAGUGCUUGCAAAUGUAACACAUAAGCCAUAUGACAUCCGUGUUUAUCAUCCAUAUAAACAACCCAUUGUGAACAAUCUCUGUGCGAUCAGCAAUGGUGGCUGUUCUCAUCUCUGCCUCAUCAAAGCAGGAGGGGUAGGAGCUACCUGCGAGUGUCCAGACAACUUUAGGACCAUACGCCUGACGAACAGAAAUUACUGCCUUCCCACGUGCUCGAGCACACAAUUCCUGUGUGCUAACCAUGAAAAGUGUAUUCCUAUUUGGUGGAAAUGUGAUGGACAGAAAGACUGCUCAGAUGGUUCGGACGAAUCUGCCCAUUGCCCACAGCGCUUCUGUCGGCUAGGACAGUUCCAGUGCAAGGAUGGCAACUGUACCAUCCCUCAGUCUCUGUGCGAUACCCACUCAGACUGCCCUGAUGGCUCUGAUGAAGACCAGGCUCUUUGCGAGAAUCACCAAUGUGGGGCCAAUCAGUGGCAGUGUGCCAACAAACGCUGCAUCCCAGAAUCCUGGCAGUGUGACUCUGAGAAUGACUGUGGGGAUAACUCUGAUGAAGAGAGUUCCCACUGUGCCAGCAGGACCUGCAAGCCUGGCUAUUUCAAGUGUGCCAAUGGCCGCUGUAUUCCUCAGUCCUGGAAGUGUGACGUAGACAAUGACUGUGGUGACUACUCGGAUGAGCCUCUCAAUGAAUGCAUGGGCCCUGCAUAUCGCUGUGACAACCAUACAGAAUUCUCCUGUAGGACAAACUACCGCUGCGUCCCACAGUGGACUGUGUGCAAUGGCAUCAAUAACUGCAGGGAUAACAGUGAUGAAGAAGGCUGUGAGGCGAGGACGUGUAGACCCACAGGGGAGUUCCGCUGCAGCAAUCACCGCUGCAUUCCUCUUCGCUGGAAAUGUGACGGGCAUGAUGACUGUGGUGAUCACUCGGAUGAGGAAAACUGUGUCCCACGAGAGUGCACAGAGAGUGAGUUUCGAUGCAGCGACCAGAGAUGUAUUCCCUCUCGAUGGGUGUGUGACCACGCCAACGACUGUGGGGACAACUCGGAUGAGCGCGACUGUGACAUGAGGACCUGCCUUCCUGGGUACUUUCAGUGUGAGAGUGGACACUGUGUGCCUAGUCAGUUGAAAUGUGACGGUACUGCUGACUGUCCCGAUGCCACUGAUGAAAGCGGUUGUCCUACUCGCUUCCCCAAUGGCGCCUACUGUGCACAUAACCAGUUUCAAUGCAAAAACCACCUUUGCAUCCAUCCAGCUUGGGUUUGUGAUGGUGAUGAUGACUGUGGCGAUAGUUCUGAUGAAGAGCUUCAUCUGUGCUUAUCUAUUGAAUGUGACUCUUCAGAACGUUUCCAGUGUGACAACAACCGUUGUAUUUAUGAGCGUGAGGUGUGUAACGGCAUUGAUGACUGUGGAGAUGGAAGUGAUGAGAUAGAGAAGCUAUGUACUACUCCCACCCCUCGACCUUGUAAUGAAGAUGAAUUUAAGUGCAGUGAUGGGCGCUGUAUUUCCCAGCACAUGGUUUGUGAUAACAUCAAUGACUGUGGUGACAAUUUUGAUGAAACGGGUUGUAGUAAAGGACAUGAAAGAUCAUGUACUGAAAAUCUAUGUGAGCACAACUGUACCCAAUUAGAAGGAGGAUUUAUCUGCUUCUGUAGACCUGGGUUCAAACCCAACACUUUGAACAGAAACUCCUGUGAUGACAUCAACGAAUGUGAGAACUUUGGGGUUUGCCCCCAGAUCUGCCAUAACACCAAAGGAAGUUAUCAGUGUUCUUGUGCUGAGGGCUUCAGGUCUGUGGAUGAGCACGAUGGACAACAGUGUGCAGCUGAGGGUAAUCCCUUGUUGUUACUGCCUGAGAAAGUGCGAAUUAGAAAAUAUAACCUCUCAUCUGAGAGGUUUUCAGAUUAUCUUGACGACAAGGAACGUAUUGAAGCUAUUGAUUAUGACUGGGAUCCUGAGGGCCUUGACUUGAGUAUCUUAUAUUACACUGUAUCAGGGCAUGGCUCUACUUUUGGUGCUAUCAAACGUGCCUACAUCCCUAACUUUGAAUCUGGCAGCAAUAAUCCUGUGGUAGAAAUUGAUUUGGGUCUGAAGUAUAUUAUGCAACCAGAUGGAUUAGCAGUGGAUUGGGUAGGAAGGCAUAUUUACUGGUCAGAUACCAAGAGUAAGCGGAUUGAGGUAGCUGAACUUGAUGGAAGGUAUAGAAAAUGGCUGAUUUUGAAUGAUCUGGAUGAACCUGCUGCAGUGGCUGUGAAUCCCAAACUUGGACUUCUGUACUGGACUGACAGGGGCAAAGAACCCAAAAUCGAGUCUGCCUGGAUGGAUGGGCAGCAUCGGACCAUCCUGGUUCAUGAGGACCUCGGUUGGCCAACUGGCCUUUGCAUUGAUUAUUUGAAUGAUGAUCGCGUCUACUGGAGUGACUUAAAGGAGGAUAUUAUUGAAACCAUGAAAUACGAUGGGAGUGAUAGGAGAAUUGUUGCAAGUGCAGCAAUGAGCCCUUAUAACCUGGAUGUCUUCGAGAGCUAUGUAUACUGGGUAUCUAAGGAUAAGGGAGAAAUAUGGAAGAGAAAUAAAUUUGGCAGAGAACAUAAUGUGAAAUUGCUGACGGUAAAUCCUUGGCUCAAUCAAGUUCGCAUCUUCCAUCAACGUAGAUACAAUGUUUCAGUGUCCAACCCAUGCAAAGAAGUCUGCAGCCACCUUUGUCUGCUUCGACCUGGAGGAUACACCUGUGCCUGUCCCCAAGGUUCCACCUUUGUCGAAGGGAGCGUCACCACGUGUGAUGCAGCCAUCGAAAGUCCCGUGGACAUGCCUCCCCCAUGCAGGUGUAUGAAUGACGGAAAAUGCUAUUUUGAUGAGAAAAACUUCCCCAAAUGCAAGUGUUCUGAUGGCUACACGGGAGAAAACUGCGAAAUCGGACUGUCUCAAGGCAUUCCUCCUGGAACAACGGUGGCAGUGCUGUUAACAGUUAUCCUGAUCAUCAUCAUUGCGGUUCUGGCAGCCCUCGGCUUUUUCCACUAUAGAAAAACGGGCUCCCUAUUUCCAUCUCUGCCCAAGCUGUCAAGUCUAAGUAGUCUCUCAAAGUCCUCUGAAAAUGGAAACGGGGUGACCUUCAGAUCAGGGGAAGAUGUUAACAUGGAUAUUGGAGUAUCUGAUUUUGGGCCAGAUUCUGCUAUUGACACAUCAGUAGUGUUGAGUGAACGCUUCGAUGAGGAGAUGGGGAAGCAGCCCGUAAUAUUUGAGAAUCCGAUGUAUUCAGCCCGAGGCGGUACAGUGAAGAUGGCUGAGCCAACACAGGGGCCUUCAUUAUGCAUCCAGGUGGCUGUAUCUGAAAAUGUGGAAAAUAAGAACUACGGCACUCCCAUCGAUCCAUCGGAGAUAGCUCCAGACACAAAGUCCCCUUCUGCGAGUGCAGAUGAAACUCAGGUAACAAAAUGGAACAUCUUCAAACGAAAAAGUAAGAAAAUGACCAACUUUGAAAACCCAACCUAUGCGGAGAUGGCGAAUGAACCAAAAGACGGUGCUGCUGCAGCCCCAGCUUCAACUCCUCCCCCGGUUAAGAGUCCUCCCAGAAAAGACCCAGCUCCGGCCUAUAGUGCCACAGAAGACACCACAAAGGACACGGCCAACCUGGUUAGAGAAGACUAUGAUGUCUAG